CUCCAAACAUUCCAAAAUGAAAGAGAUAGUGUCAAUUUGAAAUACGAUCAUGACGCCAGGCAACUUGAAAAACUCCAAAGGACUAACGUAUAUAACGACACAUUUUGCAUCGGGCAUGACGGUCAUUUUGGCACGAUCAAUGGUUUUAGGCUAGGUCGUCUUCCAAAUCAAGUG